AUGGGUGCAUUACCACCACCACCGCCGCCGCCGCCGCUACCACCACAACCGCAGCCUUUUAUGACAAACGCGAAUAGUCUGUAUAACGUUUUGCUGACCAACGGCGGCAGCACCCCGACGACCGACUACGCUCCCAACGGCGAGGAUAUUUCGACCCUCUUUGUUGUCGGGUUUCCUGACGAUAUGCAAGAACGCGAGUUUCAGAACAUGUUUAUCUUUUCACCCGGCUUUGAGGCUGCCACGCUCAAGAUUCCCAGCAAAGACUACGAGGACGACUUGUCGCCCACAAACAGCAACAGCAACAACAACUACAGCAACUACAAUAGCAGCAACGGUCGAAAGCAAAUCAUCGGCUUUGCAAAGUUUCGUACGCGGCUCGAAGCUUUAGAGGCAAGGGAUGUUCUGAGCGGUCGCAAAGUUGAUGCGGAAAAGGGCUCAGUACUGAAGGCAGAAAUGGCAAAAAAGAACCUGCAUACAAAACGGGGUCUCUCUAGUGAACAGCAAAAGCAACAACAGCAACAGCAGCAGCAGCAGCAGCAACAACACGCAGGAGUGCCCACACCAGCAGCAGUGCCAGGAGCAGGAGGAAUUGUACCGGUGCCAACGCAGUCGUAUCCUCAGCAACAACAAAAGCGAUAUCCGAGCACACCCUACGAGGCGUUUUACUCGGUUCCUUUGCCUGUCGCUUCGCCAGAGCACCAUCCACUGGACUUUAGUUUCCCGGACCCGCGUCCGUCUCUGACCGAAAGGGCUGGAUCGAUGAGUGACAUUUACAGUCUCACCACCGCCAACGGCAACAACAACAACAACAACAACAACAGCAAUAACACAAACGGUAACAACAAUAGACCCAGCUUGUUUGGUCACCGGUACAGUCUGUUUGAGAUCGACACUGCUACAAGCGCGGGUAUUGCUGCUGCUGACGCCAUGAGCAAGCCUGUGUCUGUACAACCUAAUUCAGCAGCAGCAGCAGCAGCAGUGCCACAGCAACCGCUGUCGAGUAUGUUUGAGGACAUGUAUCAGCAACAGCCAUCGCCACCCUUGCCACAGCCGUCACUGUCAACGUCAACGUCGUCGCAUCACCACCAUCAUCCGGAUUUGUCGGCGGCAUUAAAUGCCAGGUUGAACGGACUUUCGAUCAACACCACGUCGCCAGUCGUGAGCAACGGCGGGCUUCCCUCGCCGCCCGGUGUCACCUCACCCAACUACCGCAGUCUCUUUGGGGCAAUCGGAUCCAUGGAUCAGAACAACCCGCCCUGCAACACGCUCUAUGUUGGCAAUCUGCCGCCGCACACCCAUGAGGAUGAGCUCAGGGCCAUGUUCGCCAAGUGUGUUGGCUUCAAGCGCUUGUCGUUCAAGAGCAAGGCGAACAACGGGCCCAUGUGCUUUGUCGAGUUCGACGACGUGGCAUGUGCGACCCAGGCGCUUCACGAGUUGUACGGGAACCCACUAAGCAAUUCGGUGAAAGGCGGAAUCCGGCUCUCGUUUAGCAAGAACCCACUUGGCGUCCGUCAACCGUCGUUCCCGACAACCUACAGACGUGAGAGCGUGUCAAUGUUCGACCCUUAA